UUCAGCUCUCACACACCCAUUCACCGCGACGGCAGCGUGAGAAGAGGCGCUCCUGGACUUGACCUCCGCUCGGUGGGGGAACCCGUGUGGAUGCUGCUGCACACACACGGAUCUCUGUGCAACAUGGACUCAGCGUCGGCGUAGCAGCUGGAUUGUAUUUGUCUUUCCUCCAUAUGCAGGUGUGACUUCAUCACAUUCAGGUGAACAUGGCUAACCUGCAGCAGGAGUACCCCGAGGUCCUCCUGGGCAUCCUGGAGGAGCUGGCCAACAUGCGCCAGUGGCUGACCUUCCAGGACCUGUGCCGCACGGUGAGCAGCCGCUUCGAGCUGCAGCACCUCGUCGAGCUGCGCAGUCUCCUCUUCGCCGCCGCCAGCCAGGACCCGUGUUUCCCCGCCACGCUCUUCCGGGACCGCGUGUCGGCCCGCGGCCAGGGCCUCUCGCCCAUCGGCGUCGCUGCCGACAUCGUGACCAUCUUCAACCUCAUCCAGAUGACGGCCCCCGAUGACCAGGGCCGACCGGCGGGGGCGCGGGCGGACCUCCCCGUCGACCAAUCCGCGGGCCCCGCGCCGCCCGGGCUGCAGCGGCUGGACGUUCCUGGCGGAGAGCGAGCGCGCGCCCACUCCGACUCCAGCGGCGGGCCGAUCGAUCGGCACUCGCUCUCUCCCAGAUCUAAUUAUUCUGCCCACAAGCGAGCGAGUCUUCCCCCGGACCCCAUCUCUCUCGCGGCGCGCUCCCCUCCGGUCAGGCCGAGGGCCGUGUCCUUCGACUUGCCUCGCGCCACGCUCCUCGCGUGCCCCGGCGGCCGGACCCCCGACGAGGCGAUGAAGAACAUGUACCUGCCUCUGGAGACCGACAGCGAGUCCAGCGGAGACUCGGCGCCCGCCGAGGUCUUCGAUGAGGAGCAGGCGGCGUCCGUGGCGGGCCAGAAGAGGAGCGCCUUCAGGAAGGACUUCCACAACCAGCCGGCUCAGGUGACCGUCGACUGCGCGUCGCCCAGCCCCGACGCGGCGGAGGAAGGCGCCGACAAGCGCGCCUCGGAGGCCGUCCCCAACCCGUACGCGUCUCCGGCGCCGGUCGCCCAGUCGCCCGAGCAGCGGGUGAAGCACGAGAGCCUCAACGACCUCCAGGACUCCACUUACUUGGGACCGCGGCCGACCCCUGAUUGGUCCCCCCGGCACCUUCUACCCCCGAGGGCCAAGAGGCCCAUCUGGAGCAACAAGAGCCACAGCCUGGAGGACCGGAUCGGCCCCGGCGCCAUGGAGACGGGGAUGCAACCCCCGAGGCGCUCGACCCCGGCCCUCGGCCGCUCCGGGGUGUCCUCGGCGUGCGAGAGCGUCGACGGCGUCAAGGCCCAGGGGACCCAGACGGACCCGCCGAGGGACUCGGACACCCGGCGCCUCCGCAGCCUCGUCCACGCCGACCGCUUCUCCUUCAUGACCUCGUUGGACGACCCGGACAUCGGCGAGGACGACAUCAGCGCCAUCUUUCGUUUCUUGGACGACAUCAGCAUGUGCGGCUCCACGGGGGUCCUGCACCACGCCGGCGGCUCGGGGGCCGUCAACCCGGACUCCCACGAGGCCCGGCGCGGCCGCCUGGGUCAACUCCAACGGCUCUUCCACUCCCUGGAGAGCACCGACGACGGGCUCAAGUCCAGCGUCUGCAAGCUGCUGCUCCGCAUGAGCCAGAUCGAGCGGCAGCUGGACUCGCUGAACGACGUGAAGGCCGAGAUCUCCCAGGUGCUGUCCGCUCUGCAGCGGCUGGAUGAGAAGAUCCAGCCGCCCGUCGUGGGCGGCGGCCGCUGGCUGGAGCCUCUCAGCGGCGUGUCGUCCUUCAUGAGCCACCCCAUCACCCCCUCGGAGGCGUCGGAGCUCCUGCCUCUGCCCGUGUCCGAGCAUCUGUACCCGGGGGUCGGCUCCAGCAGCCCGGACUGGAACCGGUGGAGCUCUCGCGGCGAGCUGACGGAGAGCAACGAUCUAAAGAAAGACGCGUCGUCUCGCCGAGCCUCCAGAACGCAGCCGGAGGAGAAGAAUCCGUCCGAUUCCAAACUGCUGAACGUCUCCUCCGCUAAAGACUGGGCCGUGUCCUUCUCCAAAAGCAACGACGGGAAAUCUUCACACGGAAAGGCGGAUCAGUCCGGCAGCACGACGAACCUCAUCUCCAGGAAGUCCUCCAACCUGGUGGAGCAGGUGUUCAACUCGUCCCUGUUCCGCCACAAAGACAGCAGCCUGUCGGGGGGGCCGGCCUCGGGGAGGAGCCCGGACCCCCGGCUGUCUGAGGGCAUGGGGAGGCCCGUCUGGACCGUGGACGACCGGGAGGCCCGGAUCUCCUCCCUGGACCUCCAGUGUGCAACCUCUUUAAACGUCCCCGGGCUCCUCAGAACCAGGAGUCUCUGGACCCCAACAACCUGGAGUUCUGGAUGGACGGCGUCUACACGCCCGGCUACGAGGCGCUCCUCCGGCGUAAGGAGGCGGACCUUCGCCGGGCCAAGUUCUGCAAGCUGGCCGCCCUCAUCGCCGCCACGGUGGUCAUCAUCCUCAUCAUCGUCGUCCCCCUGUGCACCAUGGGCCUGUGAAGACCACGCUGCUGCCUGGGAACCUGCACGCCAUGGAGGGCCACGCGGCUGGAGAACGUCCUCGUCACAGUCCUCUGCAUGCAGCAGCGUUAGUUAUCACCCUGUGAGUAACCUCCCCUGUUGCUUUUCUUCCCUCUACUCGUCAUUUAUUUCAUGAUUUUUGUUCUUAGGAAUUUCAGGUGGUGGGAAAGGAAUAAUUUAAGUUUGAAUGUUGUGCACAAUUGUCAAAUAUCUAAUUUUUCCUGCUUUUUUCUGUGAGACAACUUUGUUCCAGAUGCAUUGUGAAUCAUCCCCCGGGGCUUAUGUCAAAUAGUUUUAUCACUUUAUAACAUGUUUGACAUCUUCAGUUCAUAAAGAAUAAUGGAUUUUUCUUUUUUAAAACUUUCUAUUUGGUUCCUUUCCUUAAACAAUAAGAUAAACCGCUCAAAUAAGUUUAAAUCAACAAUAAAAUAUAUAUAUUUUUCUAGAGUUCCUCCCAUUUUAAACCACGAGUGACUGUGUUGCGGUGGGUUGUUUACCACGUCUCAGGUUUCAAUACCUGGAAGAUAAAGAGAGAAAAGUGUUGUUGUUGAGAGGAGGAAGCCGUUUCCAGGAAACACUCUGCGAGCGGGAGAUUCCACGUGUAACUCAAGAGACGGGAUGUUGGGAGUGCAGCUGUGUGCACAUUACCCCGAAUCCUCAUACCUGCAGACUCACUUAGCAACAACACAUUCAUCUCUCACAUCACGAGGAGAGUCUUGCAGGUUCCGCGACAUUCCAUUUUGUAAUAGCAUCCUGUUAACUCGGCAGACGUUAUGAUUAAAUGUGUGUGUGUGUGUGUGUGUGCGCACUUUCGAAAUAUGAUUCAAUUCCCCUCAUACCUCCACAGUAACAACGACAUUGAGGAUCCAAUGUGCUUUAAGGCUGCAGUCCGUUGUAAUCUGUCCCCCCUCCACCAGUAGCCACGCACAUGCAGCUCAAUGCAUGCUUUUUAUUUUACAUUCUUAUGUUUCUGUUCCACAACAAGCACGAGUUCCCCUUUUUCACACCAAAGUAGACAGAAAGGAUGUAAAGAACACACACUAGCGUGCAUGAGAACGCUUGUUUUCUCCACCUUCUCAUCCAGACCCUUAAAACUUUGCUUCGUGUGCACAACUAUGCAAAGUAUGUAUAUAGAGGAUGUGUCCUGCGUGCAUGCAUCCUCCUAAGUAGAGGAGGAUCUGCCAAGUGUUCCCCACGAGGCCGUUUGUGGAUCCAUUACCCGCCCGGCGGUGCCACGGAGGAGGCCGGAGCCUUCGUCAGCACAAGCUUCAGGUGCUUCCUCUGGACCUUCGGAGCAUAAGAGCCUCCUGGUACCUUUUUGUUUUUCAUUCCCGAGAUGAACCGUGGGACCCCUCGCCGUCGACUAUUAUUCAUGCACCUUUCAGACAGACAUGUAUCAAUCUGUGAAGUCAUUAUUCAGGGAAACACUCCGUCUUAAAACUUGCUUGUGAAUUAAAGAUCAUGUGUGCAGGUGUUUGUUAUGAGCUGCGGUGACGUACCUUUUACAAUGUGGUUGAUCUGAUGAAUAAUACAUUUGCACUGUGUUAUAUAAACUUACGUUUAAAAGAAA